UGGACCUGUCUUUAACUUCCGGGUUACUGCAGUGGUAGCUGGAGCAAUGACAUUGUACCAAACAGAAGAAGUCAGGUCGCCCAGUGGCUUACAUGUUGUUAUUCCGCGUGCUUUGAAGGCUUAAAUUAGCACCACCGUCCCCGUCAACAUGUCUUCCUCCGCCACGGGCUUCACCGAGGAGCGGCAGCACGUGGGCGCACAGCAGGCACCAGUGGGCGUGGAGUACGUCCCCACAGAAGAAGAGAAGAGGGUGUUCAAAGAGUGCAACAAUGAAAGCUUUUGGUACAGGUCGGUGCCCUUCUCUAUGGUCGGCGUGGCCAUCACUCAAGCACUAGUUGCCAAAGGGGUUCUGUCUGCAUCUCCAAGGUUUGGAUCUCUACCCAAAGUGGCCUUCGCCGGCUUCUGUGGCUACCUGGCGGGGAAAAUGUCGUACAUGAAGACGUGCCAGGAGAAGUUCAAGAGUCUGGAGAACUCUCCUCUGGGAGACGCCCUCAGACAGAGGACAGGACUGCCUCCACAAGCUCCCAAGGGUCCUCAGUCAGAGAUGAGUGAUCCAGACAACCCGACAUUUGACACAAUGUUCCAGCACGCAGAAGCCCCCAAAGAACUGACCCCCAACACCAGAGACAACGGAUAUGGCUUUAAUGCAGAGUCACCCGUGUCAAUGGGCAAAGCGGACGACUUCGCAGCUCUAGAAGACGAGGAGCCCAGGAAGAGGGCCAUCCACUAUGAGGACCUGAGGCUCAAGAACAGAGAGAACUACGAGGUCACGCUCACUCAGAAGGCCGAGACGCUGCUCAAAACGUCACCUGAGAAGGAGCCGGGGAGACCCAGGAAAGACGUGAAGAAAAACGUCUAUGGAGAUUCCUGGGAGGAAUGAGUCCUUAUGAUCAUUCCAUCUGUACACUGGCACCCUGCCUUACAGAAGCAGCCCAGUGGCCAUUUUGCUCCAGCGUGUCAGUUAGUUAUCAUUAUGUUGUAUGAGUCUGUGAUACAUGUAUUUUCAAAAGAUUCAAUUAAACCAAAUUACAAGAGGACU